CCGACUUUAUCCGAACAAUUUUUCUAUCAAGCGGAAUUUUGGGAUUUCAGCGAUCGCCAGACGACUAUCACCGUUGAGGGGGCAUGGCGUGAAGUGGAGAGGCCGAGUAGGAUGGGCGAACAGGGCAUGGAGAGCCUGCCUCCACUUCCUAGGUGCUUGAUCUUGGAUUACUACGAUUCUUAUACCAAUAACCUCUUGACCUUGUUCACUCAGUUGUACAGCGAUGAGGAGGUCUUGAGGAAGGUCGUGGUCGUCAAAUAUGACCACUAUGACUGGGAAACUUUUCAACGCUUAAUACUACCGAAUAUAGACUGCAUCAUCCUAUCACCUGGACCUGGGCGUCCCGACAAGCCUUCGGAUAUCGGGUUCGCACUUGAUCUGAUCCGCCAACAUCCUCUUCCCAUCCUCGGCAUCUGCUUAGGUCACCAAGCGAUAGGCGUCGCUUUCGGUGCGAAGAUCAUCAAUGUACCACUGAUCCGGCACGGACAUGUAGUCGAAGUCUUUCCAACAGAUCCGUCGUCCGAUCUGUUUGCACCGAUGCCAGGGCACGAUGUUCAAGCCUCGUUCGCCGCGGUCGUGUACAACAGCUUGGUCGUCGAUGCAGACUCUUUGCCAGCGAAUCUCACUGUCACCGCUUGGACAGACCCGGGCUCCAACCUAAGCACUGUCAUGGGAUUGAAGCACCGUGAUCUGCCCAUUUGGGGUGUUCAGUACCAUCCCGAGUCUAUAUCGUCAACAUGCGGAUCGUCUUUACUUUUCCGAUACAUCGAGGCAGUCCACCGAAUAUACAAUCACCCAGCCUCUUAUCCCAGGUUGGAGACCGAAAUCCUUGACUCAUGCGCGUACCGCAUUGCGACCCGUCAGGCAAAGUCCGCUGUAUCGACACAAAACUCCGAGAUCCCUAGGAAACUGCCCAGCCUUCCAGUUGAACCUCGUGCAUCCUCUACGCAUGCUAGUACCAGCCGUGCAGCCUCUCACCAGACCUCUUCCGCUCGCCGUGCCUUCAGCUUAGUUGAAAGGUCAUUUGAGGAGUCGGGCCGGCAUCGAUCAACGGCGGAUAUCUUCGAUUCUGUGAUUCGUUGUCGGGCCUCGUUAAAAAGCGGCGCUAUGGGCGAAAUAUGGCUUGACGGAGAAUCUCCCACCCGAGCGACGACGACCUCUCUGGCAUGUCCAAAUUUCCUCCUCACCUAUGCACUCGCAUCUCAGACAGUCACUUUACGGACACCAGGCAAGGUCCUGCGGAGCGGACUCGGAACCGCCACAACCUUCUGGGACUGGUUUGACCAAGCUCAACAGUCUCUCGCCACCCCCAGGUCUGAGAUCGGCGGUUGGAAGGGUGGAUGGGUUGGUUGGUUCUCUUACGAAAUGAAGCAGGAAAGCUUGCAAGGGUACAAAGCGGACCAUCGGGGAGACAAUGGCAAGUCCAGCCUUGAUGGUUUGGACGCCUGCUGGAGUUGGUCCGAUUGGCUAUUGGAGCGAUCUUCCACCGGUCGAUGGACCUUGCGCGCAGUCAUUAGGGCCGCGGACGCAGAGUCACUACCCAUAGACGCCGGGGUGGGCAAGCUUCUGCAUCAAGCUGGAGUCUCCGUCGGUCUUCUCGAGAGUCAGUUCGACACUCUGUACUCGACAAUAUCUGCUGCUCUCAAUGACUCGAUGCACAAGCUGGAAAGCAGAGACUUCGAGCCAUUUCAUAUUCAGCCAGACACAGAUGGCCCGGCAUAUCGAUCCAGUAUUGAGGAUUGCAGAGAAAGUAUUCGACAAGGAGACAGCUAUGAACUCACGCUCACCACAUCAUUCAACGCAAAGUUGCCUCCUGGACUGGACCCGUUCCAUCUAUAUCUGCAAUUGCGAAAAUCCAAUCCGGCAUACUACUCGACUUACAUUUCUUUUCCGUCCGUUGUUACACCUAGCGGACGAGGGAUCUAUAUCUUGAGUUCCAGCCCAGAACGUUUCCUCAAAAUUCAAGUGGGCGAGUCUGGUCGAACUAUCGAAAUGAUGCCUAUCAAAGGCACCAGAAAGCGACUGAAGAAGGGAGUCUGUGCAUGCUCGCUUACAUCUGGUUGCCGAAGACAGUCGCCCGGAGCCAAAGUUUGUGAGACUGAGCGGGCACGUAUCGAUGAGCAGAUUGGUCAAGCGCUUCAAGACGAUCCGAAAGAGCGAGCUGAGAAUUUGAUGAUUGUCGACUUGAUCCGCUCAGACUUGCUAUCAUGCUGCAUUCCCUCUACAGUCACCGUCCCAAAAUUAAUCGCUCUUGAGUCGUAUGGGGUUCAUAAUCUCGUCACGACAGUGCGGGGCUGUUUGGGGGAUGCGGUGUCCAGUGUGGUGGCUGUCAAGCGAUGCUUUCCACCUGGCAGUAUGACAGGUGCACCAAAGCUGCGGUCCGUUCAGCUGCUGGAGCAGUAUGAAGGUAACCGUCAGCGAGGUAUCUAUUCUGGCGCUUUAGGAUACAUCUCUGCCGACGGCGCAGUUGAUUUGAGCGUCGUGAUUCGGACGAUGGUCAUCCAAGGCAAUGCACUGUCCCUUGGUGCCGGAGGAGCUAUCACCUGGAUGUCCAACGCAGACUCUGAAUGGGCAGAGGUCUUGACCAAAGUAGAGUCUGUAGUCGGUUCACUGUUCAGUCACUAGCAUGUAUUGACUAUUUGGUUCCGGUCCCGAGCCUCCCGUAAGCCGACGAUCCGACUAUCGAUCUCAUCACA